ACCGCCACAAAACCCCCCCAAAAAAAGCAGGGGCCGGUUUAAGGGCCGCGGCCUCCCCUCCGUGAGCCACAAGCGUGCUGAGCUGCGCAGUCCUCAGCGCGAGCCCCUGAAAUGUGAUUUUUGUUGUUGUUAGUUAUUUCUAUUUCCUUUAAAUAAGGAAAUUGAUUUUUAAUUAAUUUUCAAGGAAAUAAAUAAGGUCUCCGUCAGCAGGGCACCGGGCGAGAAAGCGGGGCUCAAAGCCGGGAGGGGAUCGCGGGGAGGGCGAAGCGGGGCCAAGCCCGCCGGAUCCGGCCACACGCUCGGCAGCAAAACACCCCAUCCCGGGAGGGAUGCUGGCGAUACCCUCCUCCUCCUCAUUUCACACCUCUCCAGGUGUCGGGGGGAGCUAAUUUUUUAGCUGGGGGCGGCCCGAGCGGCUUUUUUAGCUCAGCUGCUCCCGAGCAGGCUACAGCCGCCUCCCUGCAACCAGGCAAUGAUUUACUAGCCGGCGGCUCCCUCCGUCCGCCUCCGCCCCGCGGACCUUUGAGCCGAGGCGGCCGCCGAAAAUGUUCUCCCUGGGCUCCUGGCUGCCGGCUUGGCCCGGCUUGGCCUGGGGCUGGGCGCUGCUGGAUGGGCUGCUGCAAGGGCUGGUGGGCGCCUGCGCCGUGUCGGUGCUCUGCAGCCUCAUGAAGGUUUAUCUCUACGUCCAGUGCUGCAACGAUCCGGAGCGGCAGGCGGAGAAGGAGGCGCUGCGGGCGCGGCGGUGGCUGCUGGACGCCCUGCACGUGCCCCUGCUCACGGCCGUGCUGGCCGCCGUGGGCUCCCGGGUGGCCGCGCUGGUGGCCCUGGAGUUCUCCCUGCGGGCCGCCUCGGCCCUCCUCUCGCCCGGCAAGGGCGGCCUCAGCAGCCAGCUCUACCUGCUGUGCCAGUACUCGCUGGGCUGCGGCGUCUACUGCGGCCUCGGCUUCUUGCUGGACGGGGCGCCGCACGCCACGGGCAACCUGCUGCUGGCCGCCGGGCUGGCGGGGCUGCUGGCGGCGGCCGCCCGGCGCCUGGCGCGUCACGUCUGCGCCCUCUACGAGCUGCACAGCCGGGCCCGCUACUGCGGCGUCUGCAUCGCCCUGCUGGCCGCCGGCCACGGCCUGCCGGGGCUGCUGCGCCGGGCGCUGGCCGUGGCCUUCGCCGUGGCCGACCUGGCCGCCGUGGCCUUGCUCAACCGGGAUUUCCUGGGGCCAGCGGAGGCGGCGCGGUUCUGGACGCCGCUCACCAUCUGCUACGCGCUGCUGGUGGUCUACAUGCAAGCAGAGGAGCAGAAGCAGGGCCCGCCCGUCUACCAGACGGUCUUCGUGAGGAUGGGCGGCCUCCUCAUCCUCCUGCUCACCGUGGGCCGCUGGACGGACAUCCUCGGCGUCCUGGUGUCGCUGGUGGGCGAGAUCUGGUGCCUCCUCCGGGUCGGCGUCAUGCUGGACGUCUGCCGGCGGCAGGAUUUGGCCCAGCAGUGGGGAGACCUUUCUGCAUCGCCGGAGGCUUCUUCCCGGCGAUCCGGCUCGGAGACGGAGUCCUGAGAGCGGAGCGCGCUGCCGAGGACUGGCCGGACGUGAGAAAAGGGGGGCAGCACUUCCCAGCACCCCGAAACGCAGCUGUCCCCCCCAAAAUCCUUCCCGCUCGUGGUCCAGAGCCGCCGUGGGUGCACGUGGGCCGGGACCCCGCGGUCACCCGGGCCGGGAGGUUUUGCUCCCUCGUCGCCGCGGGGGCGGUGAGAUGUCCGCGGGGUCUCGUGGGAAAUAAAGUCGUUCUAGCAAAA